AUGAAGCAGACGAGUCAUUCUUCUCUGCAAGAGACGGAGCUGAUGAACAUAGAGACUGCUCAUCAUCAUGAAGAAGAUAGGAUGAGAGUUCUCUAUGAAGCUUCAUAUAAAGGAUGUGUUUCAACCUUGAACUCACUGCUACAGGAAGACCCUGGAAUCUUGCAGAAGAUUAGCUCACAAGCUGUCUUCAUAGAAACUCCCCUGCACAUAUCAGCUUCACAUGGUCACCUUGAGUUCACAAAAACCCUCCUCUCUCACAAACCAGAACUUGCCCUUGAGAGAAACUCUUUACAAGUUAUAAGAGGCAGAAGAGAAGUUGUGUUGGAGCUGAGUAGAGCAAAGCCAGAGUCCGUGAGGUUACAUGAUGACAACGGGGAAAAUAUUUUCCACUUGUGUGUGAUGUACAACCACUUGGAGAUCCUUAAAGAUUUGAUGGCUUUGGAUAUUCACGACACCAAUAAGCUUCUCAUUGAGCGAGACUCGGAUGGCAAGAACACCAUUCUCCAUUUGGCUGUCAUGCUGAAGCAAGUCAAGACUGUGAGUUACCUCAUUUCAAUUCCAAAAAUAAGAUCAGAAUCACUGAACUUGAAGAACGACAUGGGUUGUACGGCCCCAGAUAUCGCUUAUGGGUUUCCCAAGGACUCCAAGAGCCUUGAAAUACAAGUCAUAUUGAUGGAGUGUGGAAUCAGACGUGGAGGGAGAGAGAAGAUUGGCGGUGACAGCAGGGAAGAGAGAUGUUGGAUGAAGAAGUGGUCGUGGAAAAUUGUUUUCAACCAAAUAGACCAAUGGUUCCAGUAUAAUGGCGAUUGA